AUGCACAUCACGCUUCAAAGCCUUAAGCUCGAUCAGGAUGCCAUGUCGCAGAGAAUCUCAGCCAUCAUCUUAUCCCUAUGGCACAAUCUCUGGCACUACACUUCUUACCGCAGCACUCAUCCACUAGAUUUAAUUUCAACCACCGAUUCAGCACGCGACUCGACCUCUCCUACAGAGAAACAGUACUCCCCGUCAAUCAACGGCAAGAUCGAGAGGCUAUUAAAAGCAGGUCCCAAUCUCCAGAAGACCAAAGACAAGGACGGCUACGUCUACGUCCUGGUCGGCAACCACAACGGAAUACCAAUCGUCAAAGUCGGCCACACCACGGCGGCAGAUGCCCGCCCGAAAAAACAGCAGCUGACCUGCCGCGUCCUCCAAUUCCAGCCACAGAUCGACGUCUUUCCGGUCCGCUCGUACUACAAGCUCGUCGAAAAGCUCGUGCACGAGGAGCUCCACGACCACUGCCAGCUUGUUUUCUGCUCGUGCAGAACUCGUCACCGCCAGGUCUUUGCCGUGGACCCCGAGGUCGUCCGCGGCGUCAUCCGACGCUGGAUCCGCUUCUGCGAGAAAGAGCCCUGGCGCUUCGCCGCCGAUCCCGCGACCGGCUGCCGCGGCAUCGGCACGCUCAAGAAGUACUGGCGAAACCGUCUCGAUCACCGGCGCGACCGGAUCUACGUCCACUCCCGCCAAGGACCCACCGACAACAUCGAGGGGCGGCUAGCGCUGUGGGAUGGCUUUGUCAACCACGGAUUCGGAGAGACGCUGCGCGAGUAUACCCCCCUAGUGCUCCUCAGCCUUGCACUCGUGUCGUUUUGCGCCUUCAGUUUCUGGGCGGACCAGGUAUCCGUGGCGCUGAAGGUGCUGCCGCGUCUGAUUGUGGUGUCUUUGUACGCCGGAUGGCGAGGCUAUGACGGGUUGCGGGACUGCCUUAUUGAUUCACUGCCUCUUUCGCUCAUCUUGUCUUAUGCCUUCUGUGUGUGGUAG